CGAUAUCAUUUAAUCGAAAAAUAGCGUCAAUAAUUGGAAAUCUUCUUAGAUCACUCACUCUGAGAUUUUAUCAAUGGCGACGGAAAGGCAGAAACCAGCAUCUGAGGAAGUAAAGACCGAUCUAUUUGAAGAUGAUGACGAGUUUGAGGAGUUUGAAAUUGAUCGAGAUUGGGACGAGCAAGAUGAAGGCGAAGAAAUGAGUCAGCAGUGGGAAGAUGACUGGGAUGAUGAUGAUGUGAACGAUGAUUUCUCGGUGCAGCUGAGGAAGGAAUUGGAGAGGAAUGAGGCUAAGUCCACAUGAACCCUCUUGUUAGCAUUGUCUGUCUUGGAUCAGAUGUUGUGAAUUGUUUACUGCAUUUGCCUAUGAUUAUCUGUUUGCUUUUUGCUUCAUAAUAUAUGCUUAGUUCGAACAUAA